GCAGAGCUUCGAUGAAAGCAAAGACAAGCUCCAGCACUGCAGCCAUGUCCACAUCCCUGCGGGUGAGCCCCUCGGUCCAUGGGUACCGCUUCGACACCGCGCUGCGCAAGAAAGCCGCGGCCAACAUCUUCGAGAGCAUCAACGAGGCGUCCCUGCAGAAACUCUUCAAAAACUCCGGCGACAAAAAGGCGGAGGAGAGAGCCAAGAUAAUCUUCGCCACCGACCAGGACAUGGAGGAAAAAACGAGAGCGCUGAUGGCACUAAAGCAGAGGAGGAAAGACAAACUGCUGCAGUUCCUGACGUUUCGGAAAUACUCCAUUAAAGUUCACUGAGCUGGCAGAUGGAGAAGGUUUUGUGGCGGGACUGUUUGAGAGCUCCUAGCACGCUCAGCAUGCUCGGCUGCCCCGUGGGCCUGGGGAGCUGAGAGUCCAUGCAGGGGGCUUCAGCCCCACUGGAAACCAUGAGCCAACAGCAGCAUCACUGCGGGCAGCAGCAUUGGUGCCCAGGGCAGCACUGGUGUGACCAGCAGCACUGGUGUGACCAGCAGCAUCAGUGCCCAUGGCACAUUGGUGUGGACAGCAGCAUCAGUGCCCAUGGCAGCACUGGUGUGACCAGCAGCAUCUGUGCCCAUGGCACAUUGGUGUGGACAGCAGCCUGACCAGUGCCCACAGCAGCUCUGGUGUGACCAGCAGCACUGGUGUGACCAGCAGGACCAGUGGCCACAGCAGCUCUGGUGUGACCAGCAGCUCUGGUGUGGCCAGCAGGACCAGUGCCCACACACAUCAGUGUGGACAGCAGCCUGGUGGCCAGAGGCUCUCAGAGAGAGAGAGCAGCUCCCAGCUGGAGGCAGAUUUGCUCCUCUGCGCAGCCAUGGGACUGAGCUGGGGGGAACCCCCACACCCAGGACCUCCUGAUGGACUUGGUGCUCACAGAUGUGAGCCGGGUGCUUUGCCUCUUCAGCCUGAGCCCCGCUGCUGGGGCUGGUGGGGGGCUCUGGAGCCCUCCCAGCUGCUGGUCAGGGUCAGAAUCUGUGAAAUGCCCCCAAAGGCAGCGUGUGGUGCAGCGAGUUCAGCCGUCCGGGAACGCAUUAACUCUGCACAGCUGUGCCUUUCCUUGCCAAGCUCUGUGUGUGCAGGAAAAGUCGUUUGCACAGAAGCAAUAAUAAUGACAGAUUUCCCUGAAUUUACUGUGAAGUUCCCUAAUAUUAUGUUCACUUACCACUAACACUAAAAAUCUAAAUAUAAUAACUACAGUUCUUCUCUGUGUAGGUGACAGCCACUAUUAGAUGAGUACUUACUUCAUGGCAAUAUUUUAU